AUGCUUCCUGUCAGCAAGUUUGAGUGGAAGUUUGAAAACCAGGCCCAGAGCGCUCCACGCAAGAAGAUAGCAGAUGAAGUGGGUUAUGAAGUGCUUCUUGAUGCUGUCAAGGUGAAGCGAGCAGCUGAGAACAUUGUUGUAUGGUUAUUCACCCCAAAGCCUGCUAAAGAUGAACAAGAUUGGGAUACAAGUGACCCAGACUACGUCGAGCGUCCAUUCAACUUUGAAGAAGAAGCUGGUGUUGCAUCAUGUACUAUGAAGUCAUUGAUUGAUGAUAUAUACCCGCUUUUUCCCAACAUGCAUGUUUGGCAUGACAAGAGGACAGACACAUAUUUUGAGUUGACCGAGAUGUGCGUGAAGGUUUGGGCAAAUUCCAUUGCAGCAGGAAGAGCUGACAUGUCAGCUCCUCCUACAACAAACCACUUUGCACAGAAGCUGAAGGUGCCACGUCCCCCGCCAGAUGCCCCAAUUUCAACAUUUGGCGAAUUCUAUCAUCAUUGUCAAUGGGAACAAACUCUUGAGGGUGCUGGCCAGGAACCAGUGCCUCCUCGACCCACACAUGGGCACGUCAUUCCUCCUCUUAUGCCUCUACAUCCACACGGAGUCGUCGGACAGUAUGGUCCUCUGUUUCCUGGCCCACUUCAUUUGCCUGGUCCUUCACAUCAAUUUUUUCAUCCAUCCCAGUAUAUGCCACCACCAUACAUUGGUGGAUACCCAUACCCACUACCUUAUCAUCCAGCUGCGCAAGGUCAUGGGCAACUUACUGGCAAGGUACCCUCAGCAUCAUCAUCACCUGGUUUGACAACUUCCCACGACAUAUCUCUGUCUGAGUUUUGUGCCAAGUAUCACAUUUUGGACAAUGAUCAAGCAAAGCUUGCAGCACUUGAAUACCAGCUGGGAAAUCGAGCAGUUGAGACACUUGAUGACAAGGAAUGGCGGGAUGUGGGUUGA